UUUGAUCUUGAUCUUGAUCGGCGGCCAUAUAUACAUUCAGAAGAAGAAGAAGAAGAAGGAGCGAUUGGAGAAAGAGAUGAAGUUCGAUAUAGAAGACGUAACUGUAUAUUUCCCUUACGACAACAUAUACCCAGAGCAAUAUGCCUACAUGCUUGAACUCAAGCGAUCUCUCGACGCCAAGGGCCAUUGCCUCCUUGAAAUGCCCACCGGAACUGGAAAGACCAUAGCUUUACUCUCACUUAUCACCAGCUACAUUCUAUCUAAGCCCUCCAAUCCACUCAAGCUCAUGUAUUGCACUCGUACAGUCCAUGAAAUGGAGAAAACCCUAGCCGAGCUCCGUCUCCUUCAUCGUUAUCAGCUCCAGCAUAUCGGCCCUUCUGCUAGCAUCCUAGCCUUAGGUCUUUCCUCUCGCAAGAACCUCUGCAUAAACCCUAACGUAGUUUCUGCGGAGAAUCGAGACUCGGUUGACGCCGGCUGCCGCAAGAUUACUGCUAGUUGGGUUCGUGCUUUGGCUGCCGAGAACCCAAAUGUGCAAACUUGCUCAUUCUUCGAGAACUACGAGAAAGUCUCUUCUGAUGCAGUCUUACCUCCUGGUGUCUAUACUUUGCAGGAUUUGAGGGCAUAUGGGAAAGAGAAAGGAUGGUGUCCUUACUUUUUAGCAAGACACAUGGUGCAGUUUGCGAAUGUGGUGGUUUAUAGUUAUCAGUACCUUCUUGAUCCUAAGGUCGCUGGAAUCAUAUCCAAAGAGAUGCAGAGAGAAUCAGUUGUGGUUUUUGAUGAGGCACAUAAUAUAGACAAUGUCUGUAUAGAAGCUCUUAGUGUUAGUGUGAGAUCUCAAACACUUGAGGGCGCUACAAGAAAUCUCAACAAGAUGUCUCAUGACAUCGAAAGGUUGAAGGCCACUGAUGCUGGAAGGCUGCGUGCAGAAUAUAACAGGCUUGUUGAUGGCUUAGCACAAAGAGGAAAUCUUCCUUUGGCGGAUACUUGGCUUGCAAAUCCCGCCUUGCCCGAUGAUAUUUUGAAGGAAGCAGUGCCUGGAAACAUUAGACGGGCAGAGCAUUUCCUUUCGGUUUUGCGAAGAUUGAUUCAGUAUUUGAGAGGACGGCUAGAUACAGAGGAAGUUGUUAAAGAGGGGCCUGUUUCCUUUGUUGCUUCUAUAAAUGUGCAGGCUGGAAUUGAUCAAAAGAUGUUGAAGUUUUUCUACGAUCGUCUGCAGUCGCUAAUGAUGACGUUGGAGAUAGUUGAUACGGAUGAGUUCUUGCAUAUUCAAACGAUCUGCGAUUUUGCUACGCUUGUGGGGACUUACACAAGGGGAUUUUCCAUCAUAAUUGAACCUUAUGAUGAGAGAAUGCCGAGUAUUCCUGAUCCUAUAUUGCAGCUAAGCUGUCAUGAUGCUUCCUUAGCCAUAAAACCAGUAUUUGAUCGAUUUCAAUCGGUUGUUAUUACGUCUGGAACAUUGAGCCCGAUUGAUCUCUAUCCCCGUCUUCUUAAUUUCAACCCUGUUGUAAGUCGAAGCUUUGCCAUGUCUUUGACAAGGGAAUGCAUAUGUCCAAUGGUUUUGACUCGUGGAAGUGAUCAACUUCCGGUGAGCACGAAAUUUGAUAUGAGAACUGAUGAGGGCGUUGAAAGAAACUACGGGAAGCUUUUACUUGAGAUGGCAGCCAUUGUUCCUGAUGGGAUUGUGUGUUUCUUUGUUAGUUAUUCGUAUAUGGAUGGGAUAGUCAAUAGUUGGAAUGAAAAGGGAAUUCUAAAGGAAAUAAUGCAACACAAGCUCGUCUUCAUUGAGACGCAAGAUGUGGUAGAAACUACAUUGGCUCUAGAUAACUAUAGAAAGGCCUGCGAUUGUGGGAGAGGUGCUAUCUUUCUAUCUGUUGCUAGGGGAAAAGUGGCGGAAGGAAUUGAUUUUGAUAGGCAUUAUGGCCGACUAGUUAUCAUGUAUGGCGUUCCUUUUCAGUAUACUUUAAGCAGAAUAUUGCGUGCUCGGUUGGAAUAUUUACGGGAUACUUUCCAGAUAAAAGAAGGCGAUUUCUUGACAUUUGAUGCCCUGAGGCAAGCUGCUCAAUGUGUUGGACGAGUUAUCCGAUCAAAGGCAGAUUAUGGAAUGAUGAUAUUUGCCGAUAAAAGAUAUAGUCGCCAUGACAAAAGAUCAAAAUUACCCGGAUGGAUUCUUUCGCAUCUACGUGAUGCUCACCUUAACUUGAGCACGGAUAUGGCUCUUCAUAUUGCAAGAGAGUUUCUUCGGAGAAUGGCCCAACCUUAUGACAAAACUGGUGGUGCUGGUAAGAAAACACUCUUAUCAGAGGAUGACUUGUUGAAGAUGGGAAAUGACUAUUUUGCAGAUUUGUUUUGAUGAGUUCAUUGUUAAGAACGAUGUCAAAUGAACUGUUUUGCAUGUUUUUUCCCCAGUUUAUUUAUUAGCCUCUUAACAUGAUAGACAUUUCUCUGUUCCAUUGGCUUAAAAAAUUAAA